AUGGGGCUCCCUAUCAUCAACAAGCCUCUGAUUUCCAUCUUCAUCAUCAGCCCUUGCCACCACAGGCGUUCCCCAGUUCUCAGGGGGCAUUUCUUGCUUCUCAAACUGUGUUACACGAGCAGCAAGGGGUCUUCCCGGUUCCAACACAACAACCCCUUCGAUCCCAACCUGGUAGACGCCCAGGACGUCUUUGGACCUCUAACCGUGCUGCUGCGUCACCACCAGUAUCCUCACACCGUCAGCCGCAACGGUCUUCCACAUGCCGCCUACGACUCCUCGCUACCUGAGCCUGCGGGUGGCCCGGCUUUGCCCACCAUCCAGCCCUUUUCUGUGCCCGUUUCUCGUGCAGGCGGGCCAUUGAGCCAACCCUUGGUCGUCGGGCAGCGCUUCUCUGCGCCCGUUUCUCCCGUUGGUUUCGGCCAGCGCCUCUCUCCGCCUGUAGCCCCUUCAACUGGCCCGUCAUCAUCGCUCAUAAACCCGCCCGCUGCACCGAUCCCGCCGCGUGCCAUGUCGAUAUCACCAGCCUCAUCGCCAGCCUCCUCACUCCCUGGUAAAGCCCACAUCGGAACCGUCCCGGAAGUGCAAUCGUGGCCCAGCCCCGACUCGCGGCCCCGGAAUUUUGGCGAUGGCUUCCCGCUGUUUGGCUCACUGCCGGUCAAGAUCCGUGACGCAAUAUGGCGGUUCGCCGUUGAGCCGCGCACCGUCGUCAUCGACGUGGCCGCGACGCGCAUCACGGGCGCGCCGCGCCCCUUCCGCGCUGCCACGGCGGCCACGUGGUGCGCGAAAGAGCCGACGACGCAGGGGGUGUUUCUAGCCUGCCGCGAGUCGUACCGGGCCGCGGCCGCGCUCUAUGUGCGCAUGCCUUUUCCGACCCCUGCGUUCGCGGCCGACAGCGGUGGCGGCGGCCUUGAGCCCGUCGACGUGUCCAUCGCCACGACGCUGGAUACGGUCGAGUUCUCGGCCGGCUGGCUCGUCGACGACGACGGCUUUCCCGUCGCCGCCGCGGCACGCGGCGCCUCGCGGCAGGAGUACGACGGGCCCGACACGCUCCGGCUACUGCUGCCGCUUAUCGGGCUGACCGUCAUCGAUCAGGAGCGCCAGCUCUGGACGCCUGGGUGGGACGGCUGGUCGCACCGGCUGCGGCACAUAUCAUUCAACGCGGUCCUGGUCGGCCACGUGGCGCAGGGCAGGCGGGCCGGCCGCGGGCCCAACAUGGGCGAGAUCUGGGACGGGCUGGUGCGGCACAUGGAAACUAGCCCAAGCUUCCGCACCUGCACCAUCGGCAUUGCCGUGCCAAAGACGACGACCAGUGACGCCCUGACCAGGACAAGCAGCCAGUGCGACAACAUCCGCCGUAUCCGCAUCGCCCGCCGUCCGCUCCACUACGCCGGCGCCACCGAAGACUCGGAUUCGGAAUCUGAUUCCGACCCGGACGACGCAGCACGCCCGCCCUGUAGUUGCAGUAACUGGUCCUCCUCUCGGCCGAGCAGGGCGGGAGGAGCACCAUGGUCAGGCCGGCCGCCCCGCCUCCGCAUCAAGCGCCCCGGCCGCAUCCAGUCGGAGCGCGCCGAGGCCAUGCGUCUCGACGGCAGCGACGCGUGCCUGCUACUCGACGACCGCCGCCUGAAGCUCGAGUGCCGCAACCACGCCCCCCGGCAGCAGGUGCACACGUGCCCGCACCAUGGCAGCGGCCGCAGCAGCCGCCUGGUCCCCAGCUACCGCCACCGCCUCGCCAUCCUGGAGCUGCUCGACGCCGAACAGGUCGCCAUGUUUUGCCCGACCCGGUUCCCCUACGAGAGCCCCCUCGGCUUCGAGCCGCGGCGGCGCGCGGCCACCACCCAACUCGGCACGCGCAUGCGCCACCACUACUGUGCCGCCUCGUGCCACGUCCCACAGCAGUUCGUCCACCGCCAAACCCAAACCCACACACACACAUGGGACCAGCCUGCCGGCCCGACCUUCAGUGCCGCCCCAGCCGCCGCCACCCCUACCCAGGCCGCCGCCCAGCCAUCAUCCACCGAGCGGCGGCACUUUGUGUUUGGCGACUCGUUCGAGGGCGACAUGCACCUCCUGCUGCACAACUGGGUCGCCAGGUACCGCGACGUGGAGUCCACCAGGCUCAACGUUGGCGUGCACGGGCUAUGUCGCGAGGAUUAUGGGUGGUGAAAGGGUGCCGCGUGACUAUAUUUGUCUUCCUACUUCAUUCAUUCCUCUUUAGCCUGCAUCAGCUCGAGCUUGAGCAAUGUAUAUAUACACACGUGUCUGGAUUCUUGGGACAAUCAAGUACACUGGCUUUUGUGACGAAUGCCCUCAUGCUUACUUACUACCAACACCUCGAAAUGCUCCUCUUCUGCACCUAAACGCCGCCUAGAUAUAUCCAUGUUUGAUUAUUCACUCCCUUUACGUCUAUUUCCUUCUCGUUCCCCC